UCUCCAUGCACUAACACAAACAUGUUCGUAGAGAUGUUUCAACUUCUAUUCACGGUCGUGUCAAUCGAAGCCGUCCUGAUUUUAACACUCGGGUUCGGGACACCAGCGAGAAGAGUGGUGGUGAAAUUGUUAGACCUAUCGAAGCAAGGUCGAGCACCUUUGGUUGCGAAAACGGUCGCAGCCACUAUGCUUGUGUUGUUUGGCUCUGUUAUGUACAGCACGAUUCAAAUCAACACAAGGGUCUCCGAGUCUGGUGGUGCAGCUAACCCGACCGAUCAAGUCAUGUUUGCGAAUCGCCUCCUCGAAGCUUUCCUCAUGGGGACUAUCUUGUUCUUGGCAAUGGUUAUAGACAGAAUGCAUUAUUACACAAGAGAGCUUCAAAUCACAAGAAGAAACUUGGAGAUUGCUGUCAAGAAGAGCAAAACUGGUGCUUGAUUAAAAACCACAUUUGGCAUCCAAAAAUCUGUAAAUAGAUAACAUGUAAUUGAUACAUUAUCUGACAAAGUUAUAUAAAAUAUGUAAUUUCAAAUUAAAAGUAAUAAAUA